UUCUAUCCGACACUCACUCCCCACAAGUGAGACAAGCGCUGCUAGCGAAGCGUGCUCAAAGUACGCUAACUAAACUACGAUAUCACCUGUUAAAAAGAAUUACUUUCUGAAGCGUCCGUCAAUGCCAACGACGCCAAUGUUGUUAUCGAGAAGAAAUCGCUUCUAAAGGAUAACCUGCAGGACAAUUUGUGAUGUCUACUACUGAGAUGGAGUCUACAGAACAUGAAACGAUCGACCCGGAUUCAAAGUACCCGUUGAAAGUUCUUUACUGUGGAGUGUGCUCGCUGCCUUCAGAGUACUGCGAAUACAUGCCCGAGCCGGCCAAAUGUCGGCAAUGGUUGGAGAAGAACUUCCCGGAUGUUUUUGCCCGGAUGACUCUCGCAAAUGCCCCCGAAAAGCAUCCCGACACUGGAGAUGCUCCCCCUGCUGGUGAGGAGGAGGAAAAGAAGAAACAGAAAAGAGGUGGACGGGGUCAGAUCAAACAGAAGAAGAAGACAGUGCCUCAGAAGGUGACGAUAGCCAAAAUCCCAAGAGCCAAGAAGAAAUACGUGACGCGGGUGUGCGGGCUGGCAACCUUCGACAUCGAGCUGAAAGAGGCUCAGCGGUUCUUUGCUCAGAAGUUCUCCUGUGGCGCCUCCGUCACGGCCGAGGACGAGAUCAUCAUUCAGGGAGAUUUCACCGACGACAUCAUCGACGUCAUUCAAGAGAAGUGGCCAGAGGUGGAUGACGACAGCAUCGACGAUCUGGGCGAGGUGAAAAAGUGAAGACCAAAAUGUGCACUUUUGCGGGAAAAUGGACGUGACCUGAAACGACAUCUCGGCCAAAUGUACACCUUGAUAUCAUUUUCUACCUAUUUUAUUUACUGUACAUAAAACAGCGCCUGGCCGCUCACUUGAACAUUGUUUUUAAUUUCUUAUGAAUUUCUAGCCAAAGGUUUGGUCUCACGUCAUCCCACCCCGUCACCCUGUUGUUCCGUCAAGCGAAAGCGUCGGCUCAGAGAUUUCAUUUUUUUUCUUUCCCCUUGCUGGAAAACAUUAAAAACAUUUCUUUUCAAGUUUGCUUAUCUGUUUUAACCUGGACACAAUAGGGGAAAACAACUUCCGUAUUUUCAGCACUACAAGGCGCAUCGGAGUAUAAGGCGCACCUUAGAUGAAUGGCUUAUUUUAAAACUGUUUUCAUAUACAGUAUAGGGCGCACCG